CACGCGCGGCUUGGCAAACGCGGUGGCUUGGCGCGCGCUCCAAGUGAGUUUUAGUGACCUGCGGUGGCCGCUGGGCUUUGGAGGUUGGGGUGGCGGUGUGGGGGACGGUGACCCCUAUCCGGGCAUCCGCGGGCCGCCGCCUUUGUGCCGCCGCUGCUCCCGGCUCCCGCCGCUGGGGGGCGGCGUCCAGUCCGCCUCCGACCCCCGACAAUAGCGCGCGGGGUGGGGGAGCCGCGCGGGGCCGGAAACUUUUCCCCGGUGUCCCCGCCGCGGCCGCUGCCGGCCGGGAGCGCAGGGCCGAGCGCGCCCCUCUCCGGCCCGCCGGUCCCAGGGAAGGGGGCGCGGGGGCAGCCGGGCCAUGGGGGAGGCGCCCGCGCCCUGGGACGGGGGCUACCUGGACCGCUGCUUCGCGCGCCACCGCGUCUGCAUCUCCUUCGGCCUGUGGAUCUGCUCCUCCUGCUGCUGGCUCGCCGCCCACGCGCUGCUGCUGUAUCUGCGAUGUGUCCAGAGUACCCGCAGGACCGGACGGGGCCGGUCGGCGCUGGGCGCGGUGUGUUUCCUCCUGGCCAGCCUGUGUGACCCCGUGGGGGCGAUUCUGGCCAAGCAGCUGCCCAUCCAGGUCUUCACCGGGGCCUACCUAGCAGCCGUCCGCCUGGUCGGCGUCGUGUCCGUUCUCUCCCCCACCUGCAGCUCCAAGUCCACGUCCGGCUCGGGUGAGUGUGCGGCCGUGAGGGAAGCCGGCGGGGCUGGCCGGUCAGAGCCACGCAGAGAGGGGCAGAGGCGCUGGGAGGGCCUGUCCGCUGGGAAGGCCGCGGGGAUCAAAGGGGAGGGAGAGCUGGUGCGGGUCCACUACAUGGAGUUGACCGUGGAGCCAGGGCAAAGGGCAGGCCGUGGUGCCACCCAGCUGCCCGGAGAGGGACAGACCUGCCCCCCGCCAGUGUCCCCACACGAGCCGCCCUCGUACCCGCCCGUGCAGGUCAUCCGGGCCCAGGUCUCCUCCAGCAGCGGCUCCGAGGCCUCGUCCAUCAACUCCGACCUCGAGCAGAAGUACUGGGAAGCCCUAAACUCAGAGCAGUGGGAUCCUGAGGACACCAACCUGAGGAGGGACAGAGGCUGCGACAUGGAGAUGCUCCGAGUCCAGGUGCUCGGGGGCUCUCGGAGGCCAGUGGGCUUGAACUCUGAUGAGUAAGACCUCGGCUCUGAGCCCCAGGCCUGUCCCACGGGGCCAUCAGGGGUUUUCAGCAGAGGCGGGCGAGUGGCCACUGGGCGCAGCGGCCCUGCAGCCUGGCCCAGGAGAACGCUGAGACCGGGCCCCAGGGACUGAAGUGCAGAAGUUCACACUCUUCAUGUGACCCUGAAGCUCCCACCGGGAGGACCCCGAAGCCCCUCCCCGUGAGCUCUGGCCUGACUCUCCUGCCUGCGGCAGCCAGAAGCCAUUCCUCUAACUGAGACCUCGUGAGUGCGGAUCUCGAGAGAGCCCCCUGUGCAAGACCUGGCUCAGCCCGGCUGAUGCAAAGAGAGGGGCCCCGUGCUGGGGGUCCAGGCCCUGGGCCCUGCCCUCCAGUGGCCCCCCUGAGCUCCCGCUGGAACUGCUGGCACAACUGCUUGGUCCUCAGGAGCACUUAUGGGGCGCCCUGGUGUUGCCGAACUCGUGACGUGGCGGGGUUUACUCCAGCCUGGUGUGUGUGUGGGGGCGGGGGGCGGG